AUGCGUUUCUCCAGUGCAAUCCCCGCCUUUCUGCUGGCUAUUACUGCCCCGGUUCAGGCAUGGAACAGACUUGACAAGGACAAUGCUGCUCUGCUGGUGAUUGAUCACCAGGUUGGUCUCUCUCAAGUCGUCCGUGACUUCAGCACCAACGACUUCCGCAACAACAUGCUGGGCCAUGCUGCCCUUGGAAAUAUCUUCGACCUGCCCACCGUCUUGACUACCUCCUCCGAUGGUGGCCCUAACGGCCUCAUGGUCAAGGAGAUCAUGGAGAUGCACCCUAAUGCUACCUUUGUCCGUCGCCAGGGCGAGGUCAAUGCUUGGGAUAAUGCCGAGUUCCGGGCUGCCGUCAGGGCUACCGGCAAGAAGCAGUUGAUUAUUGGUGGAAUUGUGACUGAAGUUUGUACUGCAUUCCUGGCCCUUUCCCUGAUUGAUGAGGGGUAUGAAGUCUACGCCAACACCGACGCUAGCGGUACCUUUGACACCCGUCUUGCUGAGGAUGCGAACCGCCGCAUGGAGCGUGCCGGUGUUACCCUGAUGGGAAUACCCCCCGGCCUGAACGAGCUGCUGCCAUUCCUUGACAAGUACCAAUUUGCCUACGGUCUUGCUGCCCGUCACCACGCUGGUGCUCUGCAGAACGGAACCCUGGCUGCCGUUGAGCUGGGCCUGAUCUAA